GCUUCUGUAGAUCUAGCGAUCUUGUAAAUGAACCUUGCUUCAGAGCUGGUGAUCCUCGGGUGAAUGAAAAUCAAGCUUUAAUGGCAAUGCACGCUCUGUGGGUUCGUGAACACAACCGCAUUGCCAAACUCCUACACUUAUUAAAUCCAUGGUAUAAUGACGAGAAACUGUUUCAAGAGGCGCGCCGAAUCGUUGGUGCCAUGAUACAACACAUUACAUAUAAUGAAUGGUUGCCAGCACUCAUCCCCAGUCAAACUUUGAGGCAAGAAGCAGGAGUUGCGUUAGAGGCACCUGGAACAUUCUUCGACGGUUACGAUCCUUUUGUAAAGUGUGUAAUGUUCAACGAAUUCUCUACGGCUGGUUUAAGAAUAGGCCACACCCUGAUUCGGGAAACCUUUACACUGGCGGAUGGAGUUCGUAGGGUGGACCGCCUGAAUGAAUCUGCAGUCGAUUUUUUUGACCCAGCAGUGCUCUACGAACUAAACUUAGGAGUCAAUCCCUAUACAGGUUUAUAUCUUGGAUUAGCUUUGGAAAGAGCCUUCGAAUUUGACCGGUAUGUGUUCAUUGUUUAGGCUUGUUUUGUAAGACAAAAUAAACUGAUUGACAAUCGGAAAGCAAAA